UGGAUGCACCACUUACUUUGUCCUUACCGACUUACAUGUCCCUGGUCGUGGUGUAUGGGAACAUUUUGAUAUACCGCCGUAAAAAGUUGUUGGUCCCUUGGUAUUGGUAUGUUGUCCUGGGCUUCGUUGACGUCCACGGGAAAUACAUCG